CCAACGCAGGCGCGUACGCGCGUACUUUCGGAACGGAUACGUCUUUGGCUUUGCUUGGUUUCGUCCACAAUUGUCAUAGAGAUCAGUGUCGUCCACGUACUAUGAGAAGCGGCAACUCUUCAGAUAGCGGCCAUUUUACACCUCCGGCCCCCUCCAAAAAGAAAAAAAGUAUAUACAAGCUCGUUGAAUACAGCAUGGGAAUGUACCUACAUCGUUGGAAAGUACUAAGGGUAAUCAUUUUGCUUUCUGGAAAAAAAUGUGUUUUACACCUGGCCGCUGGAAAUUGGAAUUAAAAAAAAAAUGCUGCAAGCAAAAAACGCAACUAAUUUCUACGUGUGUUUCUUAGUAUAUUAUUUAUGAUGUUAUGUUAUGUAUUAAGACCAAUGAGAAAUACACAAAGGUCUUUUUUUUACUUUCUUUUUAGUAUCUACUGGUUGUUUGGUGAUCUACUGAUAUGUAUGGGGCCCAUCUACUGACUUCGAUUUUUUUUUUCCAUCUGGUAACGCUGGUCCAGCAUUUGCUGGCACUGCUCGCAGCGCGUGGAGGGCUGUCACGGCUUCACUUUACGUUGGCUGCGCUCAUGUGGAGUGGCCGCGUGGGCACCUGCUUCGGUUCCCCGUCCUGACCACGUUGUCCCCACUCACGGGGUGUGGCCGUGUGGACACUUGCUUCGGUUUCCCGUCCUGACUAACGAAACAGCCACUGCAGAGCAUCACAUCCGAGCGACGUCGUACGCAUCCAAAGAUGCCAGGUGUCCGAUACUUCCGGUGCCCAAGGUGUGCGUCCCACAUUUUUUCGUUGAGGGCACUAUUCAGGCACUUUCACUCAGUUCAUGGGUACGAAAGCAACUGGGUGUGCGGCCUAAGUGGCUGCAUGCGGACAUUGAAACUCUUCGCUUCCUAUAAAAAACAUGUGUACAGAAAUCACCCUGGAUCAGUCGAAAGAGAAAGAGCCGUGGGAGCGAAUGAACUGGUGGAUGCAGCACCGAGUGUUGGGGAUGCCUUUCAAAGUGAUGACGUUGGUGUACAGAGUAAUCCGGACGCAGAAGAAAGGCAAGAGGAGCUGCGUACAGAGACUUCACAAGUGUGUGAAUCCACCCAGGGUCCAAGCGGCUGUGUAAAGCAGCUGGCUCUCCUUCUUCUCAAGUGGAAAGAGGGAAGGCGACUUCCAGAAUCAACCUUAGAUGAAAUCACAAAUGAUGUGAUUUCUUUCGUAAAAUCCAUUUUGGAACAUAAACAACUCCAGCUCAACAACGAGGUGGCCGCCAACGUGAGGGAGCUAUUCUGUGUUGACGAACUGGACCGGCUACUGACGACAGCUGGCCGGAACGCGUUCUGGAGGACACAUCUUCCACUUGUUGAGCCCCGUACAGUAGUGCUAGGAACCAACAGCAAUGGAAAAGACGACACCAUGGAGUAUGUGCCGCUCUGUGAUCUCCUCACGUGUAUCCUUGAACAUCCAACCUUAUCGGGUGACUUUAAUGCUUACACAAAGGUUGACAACCAUAUGUGUUCUGUGUUUGAUGGCAGUGCAUUUCGCGACCAUGCCUACUUUGAAGGUGACCAUCACAAAAUCUGCCUGCAGUUAUAUACUGAUGAAUUUGAGGUGUGCAACCCUUUGGGCAGCAAAAGAGGAAAGCAUAAGAUGACCGCCGUGUAUUUCUCAGGGCUGAAUUUUCCUGCAAGGUUCCGCUCUGCGCUAUCAGGAAUGCACCUGGCACUUUUAGUGAAUGACCACCAUGUGGACUCCUAUGGUCUGCCUAAGAUUCUUGCACCUUUGCUUGAGGAUGUGAGCAGAUUAGAAACUGAAGGCAUAGUUGCAAACGGAAAAGUGAUGAGAGGGUCAGUCUUUGUUUUGACUGGGGAUAAUCUGUCGAGCCAUAGAAUGGGAGGCUUUAAACGUAGUUUCAACAAAGGUAGGAUUUGCAGGUUCUGCAUGGCCGUGCACUGUGAAAUCAACUACAAGCACCUGGAGACCGAUUUCGUGCUGCGCACACCGGAAGGUCACGAGCAUCAUAUGAACAUGUUGAAGGCUGGACUGCCAACUGCAUCAUUGUAUGGGGUCACUGCAGCUUGUGCUCUUACAUGCCAGGGGUUCAAUGCCACACAGCAUUUUCCGCCUGACGUUAUGCACGACUUGCACGAGGGUGUUAUACCAUUUGCACUAAGACACAUCAUUUCUUCCUUAAUAUAACAAGGACUUUUUACUCUUGCACAGUUAAACAAGGAAAUUAGUGAGUGGAAUUAUGACCCUUGUGAUGCGCGAAAUAAGCCAGAGCCUAUUUCUAGUGAAUUUCUUAAAGGAAAGGCAACCAUGAAAGGAUCAGCCACGCAGGUCUUUUGCCUAUUUCGUCAUCUAACC